GGGAGGAGGAGGAAUGUGGAAGGCAGCAGCGCGCAGGCUGACAGGCGGUUCUUCAGGCGGGCUGCGGCGGCGGCCGGAGCGCCUCUUCUUGGCCGGGGUUGCGCGCCCCCUCCUCGCCCUGCCCCGGCCCCGCGCGGGAUUGUGAGUCCUCCCCCCUCGUUCCUGAAGAGAAGGAACCCAGGCGGCGGCAGUAGCGGCGACGGCGGCGCCCGGGAGCCCGAGUCUUCGCGGCGCCCCCGUCCCUCCCCCGCCGCACCCCGCCCCGGCGCGAGAGGAGAGCGCGAGAGCCCGAGCCGCGGUCGGGCGGGCGGCGAAGAUGGCAGAGGCGCCGGCCUCCCCGGCCCCGCUCUCUCCGCUCGAAGUGGAGCUGGACCCGGAGUUCGAGCCCCAAAGCCGGCCGCGCUCCUGUACGUGGCCCCUGCAGAGGCCGGAGCUCCAGGGGAGCCCGGCCAAGCCCUCGGGGGAGGCGGCCGCUGACUCCAUGAUCCCCGAGGAGGAGGACGAUGAAGACGACGAGGACGGCGGCGGUAGGGCCGGCUCGGCCAUGGCGAUCGGCGGCGGCGCGGGCGGCCCGCUGGGCUCAGGGCUGCUCCUGGAGGACUCGGCUCGGCUGCUAGCUCCGGGAGGGCAGGACCCCGGGUCCGGGCCAGCCCCCGCGGCGGGCGCGCUUAGCGGGGGGACGCAGACGCCGCUGCAGCCUCAGCAGACACUGCCACCGCCGCAGCCGGGGGCGGCUGGGGGCUCCGGGCAGCCGAGGAAAUGCUCGUCGCGGCGGAACGCCUGGGGGAACCUGUCAUACGCUGACCUGAUCACUCGCGCCAUCGAGAGCUCCCCGGACAAACGUCUCACUCUGUCCCAGAUCUACGAGUGGAUGGUGCGCUGCGUGCCCUACUUCAAGGAUAAGGGCGACAGCAACAGCUCUGCCGGCUGGAAGAACUCUAUCCGGCACAACCUGUCGCUGCACAGCCGGUUCAUGCGGGUUCAGAAUGAGGGGACCGGCAAGAGCUCAUGGUGGAUCAUCAACCCCGACGGGGGGAAGAGUGGGAAGGCGCCCCGGCGGCGGGCCGUCUCCAUGGACAACAGCAACAAGUACACCAAGAGCCGGGGCCGUGCAGCCAAGAAGAAGGCAGCCCUGCAGACCGCCACCGAGUCAGCAGACGACAGUCCCUCCCAGCUCUCCAAGUGGCCCGGCAGCCCCACGUCUCGCAGCAGUGAUGAGCUGGACGCGUGGACCGACUUCCGCUCACGCACCAAUUCCAAUGCCAGCACAGUCAGUGGCCGCCUGUCCCCUAUCCUGGCUAGCACGGAGUUGGACGAUGUUCAGGAUGAUGACGCGCCACUCUCCCCCAUGCUCUACAGCAGCUCGGCCAGCCUGUCCCCCUCCGUCAGCAAGCCGUGCACCGUGGAGCUGCCCCGGCUGACCGACAUGGCGGGCACCAUGAAUCUGAACGACGGGCUGGCCGACAACCUCAUGGACGACCUGCUGGACAACAUCGCGCUCCCUGCGUCCCAGCCGUCGCCCCCCGGGGGGCUCAUGCAGCGCAGCUCCAGCUUCCCAUACACCACCAAGGGCUCCGGCCUGGGCUCCCCCACCAGCUCCUUCAGCAGCACGGUGUUUGGCCCCUCGUCUCUGAACUCCCUGCGUCAGUCUCCCAUGCAGACCAUCCAAGAGAACAAGCCAGCCACCUUCUCUUCCAUGUCGCACUACGGCAACCAGACACUCCAGGACCUGCUCACGUCGGACUCACUCAGCCACAGCGAUGUCAUGAUGACCCAGUCGGACCCCUUGAUGUCUCAGGCCAGCACCGCUGUGUCUGCCCAGAACUCCCGCCGGAACGUGAUGCUUCGCAGUGAUCCAAUGAUGUCCUUUGCCGCCCAGCCUAACCAGGGGAGUUUGGUCAAUCAGAACUUGCUCCACCACCAGCACCAAACCCAGGGCGCUCUCGGUGGCAGCCGUGCCUUGUCAAGUUCCGUCAGCAACAUGGGCUUGAGCGAGUCCAGCAGCCUCGGGUCAGCCAAACACCAGCAGCAGUCUCCUGUCAGCCAGUCUAUGCAAACCCUCUCGGACUCUCUCUCAGGCUCCUCCUUGUACUCAGCUAGUGCACACCUUCCCGUCAUGGGCCAUGAGAAGUUCCCCAGCGACUUGGACCUGGACAUGUUCAAUGGGAGCUUGGAAUGUGACAUGGAGUCCAUUAUCCGUAGCGAACUCAUGGAUGCUGAUGGGUUGGAUUUUAACUUUGAUUCACUCAUCUCCACACAGAACGUUGUUGGUUUGAAUGUGGGGAGCUUCACUGGUGCUAAGCAGGCCUCAUCUCAGAGCUGGGUGCCAGGCUGAAGGCUCACUGAGGAAAGGGGAAGUGGGCAGAGCAGACCCUCAAACUGACACAAGACCUACAGAGAAAACCCUUUGCCAAAUCUGCUCUCAGCAAGUGGACAGUGAUACCGUUUACAGCUUAACACCUUUGUGAGCCCCUGCCAUUUCCUACCCCAGCAGAGACUGUUAUCGGCCCCUUACCCCGGGUGAAGCACUUACCCUCGCACAGAACUCUCUCUAUAAAGUAUGCAAAACCUUCCUUGUACGGGGUGACAGCCACCUGCCAGCGAAGGACAGCACCCUGCCAGCACCACCCACCCUGUUCAGAGCACACCGUGAGCCCGCGGGCCAUUCUGUGGUGUUUUAAUAUCGUGAUGGUUUAUGGGAUGUUUUAAGUGUUGUUUUUGUGUUUGUUUUCCUUUGACUUUGAGUUUCUCACAUGCAUUAACUUGCAGUCUUUUUAUGUUAAAAUAUUAAUCAUGCUUCCCCUGGCAAAUUUAAACACAGAAGGAAAAUGUUGUACCAACUACUAUGCUGGCUUUGGGUGUCACAAGCAUUCGAGCCCGUAGAACUCCCCAAACUAACACAUUACAUAAACUAGAGGGGGGUUUUCUUUCUUCUUUCGUUUGGUAGGAAACUAUCCUUUUCUAAAAACUGAACAGUGGCACAAGUGUUUUCUGUGUGCACCGGUCCAGGACAGAGCCCUACGUCGGCAAACCUGGCUCAGAACCAAACCACGUGCUUGGCUCUGAGUCAGGGUGGUCGGGGGAUGAGACCCCGGCACCUGGUCUGCAGUUGCCAGAUCAGUAGGGCCUGUGGUCUCCUGUCAGUAUCCUCAGCGAACACAGUCAACAGUGAUGGUAUGUUGGUAGAAAUUACAAUUUUUCAAGGAAGAAAUCAGCUCAGCUGUCCGCUCAUUGCCAAAUGCCACUAACAGGUUUAGUUUUAAGGAGAAAAGAAAAGAAAAAAAAAAGUAGUCGUGUUUUUCUUUGCAGAAGAAGUGAACUUACAGGUGAACAUUAAGCCUGCAGUGAGAAAUGUGUGGAAAGUACAAACCCGAGUCACUGUUUUUCUAAACGUGCACCCUUGAUUAUUUUCAGUCUUGCUCUGUAUAAUCUGAUCUAGUAGAUGUGUAUGAGUGACAAGCAAUAGCAUACAAACUGAUUUCUUUUUAAUAUAAAUAAGCUUAGAUUGUAAUUGUACAAGUGUCACAAUGGAAGUACAAGAUAGGGCAGUUUUGACCUCCCCCCACACACUUUUCCUGCUUCUAUGGAUUUCAUUUUUUUUCUUUUCAAAAAGUUAUGGUGCUGUAUAGGUGCUUUCUGUUUAACCUGAAAAGUGUGAUUAUAUUAGUUACCCUCUUUGGUAGACAGGAUAGUUGGGAACACCGUUGGUACAUAUGAAACUGGUGUAAUGAUGCCCUGAUUAGCACAGCAUAUGCAUACUUCUCCAAAGUGAUAUAUGAAGACUCUUUUCGUUGCAUAAAAAGCAUUAGGCAUAGAAAUGUAUAAAUAUAUUUUAUCAUGUACAGUACAAAAAUGGAACAGUCUGCAUGGAUGUUAGGGAUACAGGCUAGUAUUUCAGCACAGACCUCCCUGCAUGAGUUCUCGCUGAUGCUUGCACCGUGCAGUGGGCACUGAUUCCCUUCCACCAACACAGACGUGCCACCCGACCCCCUGCACCCAUCACCAGCCACCAGGGGCCCCUUUGUGCACCUUUGCUUCCUGAUUCCUCUGGGGGUGAUAUUGGUGGUGAUAACAGCUCCUAGCAUAAUGAACGUUCCAUUUGGUGUUGCCACUUGUCUCUCCCGCCUCGCUUGGGCUGUCAUGUUUGAGCGAUGGCCCCGUUGAUUUCACCCUGCUCCCUACUGAAUCUGUAAAUUGUUGUGCAAUUUGUGGUUAUAGUAGACCUGUAGCAUAUCACCUUUUCUAAACUGCUACAAGUUUAUAAUCUUCAUUUUGAAAGUACGUAUAAUUUUUAAAAAUAUGUAUUCUAUUCACGUGGUCUGCUUGUCAGUGAGACGGACUUUUGCUUACUGUAUUCUUUUGUAAUAAAGCUAGCCACUUCCUUGAUUUCUUUGGUAGUCUGCUGUACACAAGAACUGUCAAGUGUCAGCAAGAGAGGACUGCCUCUCUGGGUCCCUAAGUGGUGCAGCCCCCUGGGUGGAGACAUAGUUCGGAGACAGUGGCAGCAGCUCAGGGACGGGGGCGAGUGGCAGAGGGGUGUUGGAUAUAGGGGAGAAUCCGAGUGCUUCCAACACAAGGGCCCUGAGAACUUCUCUCCUGAGCUCAAAGAAACAAGAAAACUAACAAAAUAGCUACUUGCCUUUGCAGUUUUAUACACUGUGGGAAAUACUUUGGGAGUAAGAAAGGCAGCCCUCAAAUGUGUUUUGACUUUUAAAGUGUUGAAUUCCUUUCAGACAUGUGGCAUCUCAUUUAUUCUUUUUUUUCCCCCCAAUGUUUGUUAGAUUUCAGGCAGAAUGUUUUACAAAAUGUCCUAGAACCGGAUUCUAAUUUAAUCUAAAACAGCUGAGGGAGGGACAGAGAGGUAUGAGAGCAGGAUAGCCACAGAGCAGAUCAGGAAAACGGAGAGGGAGGGGUGCUUGGAAUUUUUUUCUUUUCCUUUUUUUUUUUUU